AUGCAUGCAGACCAUGACAGUAAUUUUAAUUAUCAGACCAUGGAGAAUCAUAUUGUACACAAAUUCUCUCGCUUAUUCCCUUCCUCUUUCACUUCUUGUCAGUUCCGAAAUAUACCCGAUGUUGUUGAAAGCUCAUUCAUAAUAUCCAAACACUCCACCAAUAAUAAUGUUCUUGGAGCUUCUUCAAGAACAACUUCUUCAAUCAAAACUCAAGAAUCCAAAUCAAACAAGAACAAGUUGAAUGUUUCAAAGGGUUCUAAAACUCAUAGACCCAAUAAAGAGUCAAAUUUCAUGAAAAGUUCUUCAUCAAAUAGUGGAUGGUUCAGUAGUGAAGGAGAAAAUGAUGAAACAGAAGAUGCAUUUUUCAGCUUGUCUUCUGGUUAUUUUUCCGAGUCUUUUCGCCGGAAACCACAUGAAACUUGUCGGAAAAAAUACAAACAAAAGAGUUCUGAAAUGAGUCGUUGUUCUUCCGAAUUAUCAGUGAAUUCUAUUUCAACAGCACUGAGAGAAAACAGGACAAAUGAGCGAGUUAAGUCAAAUUUAGACGAGUCAAAAUGGGUCAAAUCAAUAAACGGGCUUGAUUUUGCCACCUCAAAAACAGAGCAAAACAGAACAAAAAUCAGCAAAACUGCCCGGAAACCAGCUGAAACUUGUCAGAAAAAAUACAAUGAAACGAGUCGUUGUUCUUCGGAAUUGUCAAUGAAUUCAGUUUCAACAGCACUGAACAAAAAGAAGAUAAAUGAGCGAGUUGGGUCAAAUUUAGACGAGUCAAAGUGGGUCAAAUCAAUAAACGGGCUUGAUUUUGCUACAGAGCAAAACAGAGGAAAAUCAACAGCCGAAAAGAAGACAAGAUGUGGAAGAAAUCACCGGAAAACCAUCCCGGUUGAGAAGUUUGAUUAUUACAGUGAGUUUACUACUAGUAAUACUCACCGGAAAACUACCAAGUGUCGCCGGAAAAUCAAGAAAAUGAGUUUAAUUAACUCAAAUGGAAUGGGUAAGUUUUCAAUUGUAAUUGAUGGAAGAAUUGAAGAAAGCAUUGCAGUUGAGAAGAGUACAAGUGAUCCAUACAGUGAUUUCAGAACAUCAAUGGUGGAGAUGAUAGUAGAAAAACAAAUAUUUGGACUUAAGGAUCUUCAAAGGCUUUUGCAUUGUUUUCUAUCAUUGAAUUCACCUUCUUUCCAUAAGAUUAUUUUUGAGGUUUUCUCUGAGAUUUGUGAAACCUUGUUUCACUAA